AUGUUGUGGGGGCACAUGGACACAGGAAGCAGCGAAUCAAUCCUACCAAAAUCAGCACUCAAUGCGAUUUGUCCUAGUGCUGUUCUAGCCCCAACUUCUGUGCGCAUUCAUGGGGUUACUGACCAUCAGUUGCAAUUACUUAGUGAAACGAUAUUGUGCGUUCAAUCUGAAUCCGGCGUAUCAAUCCCAAUCGGAUUCCUGGUAUCAGCCCACAGUCUGUCUAUUCUAGUCCUUCGAGCUAUACGGCUACUACAAGGAUCCAUCACAAUACACACCAAUAUGACAAUCACCUCACAUCUUCAACAUUUGAUUGUACAGUGUUCCGGUAACGCUGGUGGCAUGAAAGUACCGUCGGUGAAGUUGGAAGUGGAGGGUGAACCUAUUUUCCUAAAACGCCGCGUCCUCCCAUACGGUCAGCGGGACGGUGUCCUGAAAGCAUUACAGAAAAUGGAGCAGGAUGGUGUGAUAAGUAAAGGUGAAUCCAGUGCCUGGGCUACCCCGAUCGUAGUGACGAUGAAAAGUGAUGGUAGGACACCACGGAUCUGUGGAGACUAUCGACUAACAUUGAAUCCCAGAUUGCGGAGAUGUGCAGCGACCAUCAUUGAACCAGACGAUUUCAUGAAGUCAUCGCAUGGGUGCCAGCAUUUUUCUAAGAUCGAUUUGGCGGACGCAUACCCACAGAUUCCACUCGAUGUUGCAUCUCGCUAA